AAGAACUUAAAAAAUCAAAAUGAAACAGGCUGCGACGUGACAUGAAUUUACGUUAAGUUUCGCCCGUCCAAACAUAAGCAACAUUCAUUAAAGAGAGAAUUUUUGAGUGACAGCCUCUAAGUUAUGUUAAGUUGCCAUAAUCAGACCUUAAAAAUUGUACUUUACUUUUCGUUUAAUUUUUAUUUUCCUUACAACUCCAGCGCAUUUUUCAUUGUCUCCGUCUUAGCUGCUUGCAUCAUAUCGAUUUUCUACAUAAUGAACGUCUACGACAAAUGGGCUACAACCCCCGUUAUCGUUGGUAUAAAUCCAAAUCCGAAUUUCGUUACAAAUAUCCCGUUUCCAGCUGUGACUAUUUGCAACUUGAAUCAGGCGCUCAAAGCAAAGGCCAUGGAAGCGAAUAAAAACCCCCAAAUACGAGCUUUGCUGAAACUGCUUUGCAAAAAUGAGUCCACCGAACAACAAUCUACAAUUAGUUCUGAUUGGAGUAAUUUGGAGAAUAUUAUCAUGAACAUUUCUCAACCGUGCGAAGAUAUGAUGGUAGCUUGUCGCUUCGCGGCGAAUGAAUAUGACUGCACCAAAUACUUUAUACCGAUCAUUACCGAUGAGGGACUCUGCUGCGUAUUCAACAUGGUACAUCCGAAGUUUAUGUUCAUUUCACACACACCGCUUAGCAUGAGCAAUAUUCCCGAACGUGAGUAUCAGCCUAUUGAUUGGUACGCAGAGCGAGGCUAUCCACCCGAUUUACCAAACAAAUACUAUCCUCGUCGCAUAGCGGGCACAGGCGAAUCGCUGGGUCUGUCCAUCACGCUAGACGUCGAGGCUGACAAAUACUACUGCUCUUCGACGAAUAGUGUCGGUUUCAAGAUCUCACUGCAUAGCCCAAACGAAUCGCCAAAUGUGCACGAGACUGGCGUGCUGAUUGCGCCCGGCAAGGAGACUAAGGUGCGCGUGCGUCCCGAUAAGACGGAGACCACGCAAAAGUUGCGCUCCAUAGCUGCCAAAUACCGGCGUUGCCUGUUUCACGACGAACGACAGUUACUCUAUUUUGCGCACUAUACACAGCGCAAUUGCGAAAUGGAAUGCAUUGCGGAAAUGUUGCUGCAACAUUGUGGCUGCAUUAGUUUCUACAUGCCGAAAAUCUAUAAGAAUGCGACGAUAUGUAACAUCCACGACAUGCACUGUGUGGAGAUGGUGCGUUUGCGUAAGGAUCCUACGAUUGGCUCGUGUUUGGACACCUGCUGGCCGACUUGUUAUGACUUGACCUUCCUGGUAGAUGUCUUUGCUAUACCGUUAUCGAGUGAUGGAUUCUUUAUUGAAAACAAGCGCGUACAACGGUACAAUAGGAGCUAUGCCAAGCAGAAUAUCGCCGUGGUGAAUAUGUAUUUUAAAGAGUAUUCCUUUCGGAGUAGCAUACAAACAGAGUUCAUAGGCACGACGGACUUUUUGUCUGCCGUUGGUGGACUAAUGGGCCUGUUUCUGGGUUUCAGUUUUAUCUCAAUAGUUGAACUAGUCUACUAUGCCAUCAUACAUCCCAUACGCUCCCUGUUACAUUUCGAAUGCGCCAAGAAGUCAUCUGUGGCUGCGGAUAAGCUGGCCACUUGUGAUAAAACAACGAUGUGCCGACAAUGGUCGUCGGUUCAACGGUAUAAACGAUUGCGCAAAUACUUACGACUACGUGCAAUUUACAGCAAAGCAAACAAGGCAAUGAAGAAAAAGUUAGGCUAUAAGCGGUUGGUCAGCAGUACCGUUAAACAUGAUGCCGAACCCUCGCAGAAGGAAGUUGAAAUAAGAAAAAUAUUUUUUGCAAUAUCGUUUAUUAUUGUUGUGCUGGGUGCAGCUUUCUUCGUCGGGAAAAUCUACGAAAAGUGGACUCUUACGCCGGUGAUUGUCACCAUUAAUUCAAACCCUACCUCUAUAACUCAAGAUCCAUUUCCAGCUGUAACUAUUUGUAAUUCAAAUCAAGCUUAUAAGCAAAAAGCUGAACAAUUUUCAAUUUAUUCGACUGAAUAUGCGAUGAUACAAGUGUUGUGCAAUCGUAAAGUGAAUGCCACCAUUGCGAGUUCGAUUACGGAUUGGAGCAAUUUGCAAAAUUUCAUUACCGAUGUAUGGACGAUCUCACAACCCUGCAGUAAAAUGUUGCUAUUCUGCCAGUUUGGUGGCGUAAAAUACAAUUGCUCCGAGCUUUUUCACCCAAUCAUAACUGACAGCGGAAUGUGCUGCGUCUUCAAUGUGGUAACCCCGAACUUCGUAUAUAAAGCUAGAGGGAACGUGAAAUGUGAUGUGGCUAAAUGUCCACUGCCAAAUGGAACUGUUGCAGUUGAUUGGAGUCCGGAGCGCGGCUACCCUGCCGUAUUACCAGAAUCCUACAGUCCAAUGCAUGCAGCGGGCACGGGCGAAUCCUUGGGCUUAAAACUGAUGUUGGAUGUUGAAAGAGAUUCCUAUUAUUGUUCAUCAACGAAUAGUGUCGGCUUCAAGAUACUGCUGCAUAAUCCACUCAAAGUGCCUAAUAUGCGGGAAAUUGGUCUACUACUAUCGCCCGGCCAUGAGACUAAAGUGCGCAUUCGGGCAUCUAAAACAGAAUCUACGCAACAUUUACGUUCGUUGAAUAAGGAAUCGCGUGCUUGUCUUUUCGAAGGUGAAUAUGUUUUGCAUAAUUACAAAACGUACACGCAACGCAAUUGUAUGGAGGAAUGUUUCGAAAAAAUGUUGUUAAGAUAUUGUGGAUGUAUUACCCAUUAUAUGUUCGAUAUUUAUACAAAUGCAUCCAUAUGCAGCAUAUACGAAGCCUCGUGUGUGGAACGAGUGCGAUUGCAGUCAAUGGUGUCUGGAAAUGGCAAAGGCUGUGCAAACAAUUGUUGGCCUGCCUGCUAUGAUCUCACCUAUUGCCCAGACUUUUUCAUCACACCACUAUCAGAAUCAGGAUUUCAUAUUAUGCAUCAGUUGGAAAAGAGUAAAGAUACAUCUUAUAUGCUACAAAAUAUAGCUGUGGUAAAUAUUUACUUCAAAGAAAACUGGUAUAGAAGCAGUAAGCAGGCGGAGUAUGUUGGUAUAACGGAAUUCUUGUCAAAUAUUGGCGGUGUUAUUGGAUUGUUCUUUGGUUUCAGCUUCAUAUCCGUGGCGGAAAUCAUUUUCUAUUUGCUACUAAAGCCCGUUCGCGUGUUGAUCCUUCUGCUUUGGUCAAAACGUACAAAGUCCGCCAAAGUGCGAAAAUUGCAAAAUUUAAAGCUAUUCGAAAAGCAGUCAAUGAACGACUAAAGCUUGUUAGAGCUGAAAAAAACAUGUCAACAAAAGUGCGUAGGUACAUAAAAUAACGCAAAGCGAAAUUUUAUGAUAGCAUCAUCGGCGGUUUCCUACCAAAAUAGUACGAUCAUUUCGAAACAAAAUCUAAAGUGUUAUAAUACCAAUAUCCAUGAAUGUAUGUAUGUAUGCACAUAAUUGUCAAUUGGACAUAUUCAA